AUGCUUCACAGGAUCACCCGCGGGCACGAUGUCCACCACGAGCAUUCCGUCCGCACCUCCACCAAGACGCUUGAGCUUGCCUCCAACGACGGCAAGCGGCACGUCCUGCUCGCCGCCUCGGGCGCAGUCGGCACCACAAAGCUGGUCCAGAUCAUCGAGGGCCUCUCAGCACACAAGAACCUCUCAAUCCGCCUGAUCUUGACGGGUUGCGCCGUUCACUUCCUCGCUGGCCAGUCACGCGAGCAGCCGACCCUCUCGGCCAUCUCCUACCUCCCCAACGUGGACGCCGUCUACACCGACUCCUCCGAAUGGGUUAAACCGUGGAAGCGCGGCGUGCCCAUCUUGCACAUUUCGCUGCGCAAAUGGGCCGACGUGCUUGUGAUUGCGCCGCUUAGCGCCAACACCAUGGCCAAGAUGGUCAACGGUAUAAGCGACAACCUGGUCACGUCGGUCGUCCGCGCGUGGGACGCGAUGGGCACUAUCGACGGUGUCAAGAAGAAGAUCGUCGUAGCGCCCAGCAUGGACACGGCCAUGUGGCGACACCCCGUCACGGACAAGCAGAUCAAGAUGCUCGAGGAGUGGGGGGGCGAGAAUGGCUGGAUCGAGGUGCUUCAGCCGAUCGAGAAGGAACUGGGCAGCGGAGACAUCGCGGAGGGAGCCAUGGUCGGCUGGGAGAAGAUUGUCGAGGUGAUUGAGGCCAAGAUAUCGUCUGGCAUGCUGACCGUCGAUGGGAAAUAG